GUUACCGGUCCAGUUUGAUUAAAGAGUCAUACAUAGCAGACUGGCAGUGAGCUCCGCCUACUCGAUCAGCUACGGAGUCGCCGGCGUCGUAAUCAUGUCAAUAGAAAUCAAAUUUUCCCGAUCAAAUCGUAUCUUUCGCCCUAACGAACCUCUGGAGGGAAAGGUCGUAAUUAAUCUGGAUUCGUCCAUAUCUCACCGGGGCAUUCGGCUCAAAAUCAGUGGAUCAGUCAAUUUGCAGGUUCGUGGAGGAUCAGCUGGGAUAGUAGAGUCCUUUUACGGCGUGAUUAAGCCUAUCCCCAUUGUGAAUAAGAGUGUGGAAGUCCAGAAACCUGGAAGGAUUGGUUCUGGUAAAACAGAGAUCCCAUUUUCUGUGGUCCUGAAAGAUAAAGGAGAAGAACAGUUUGAAAAAUUUUACGAAACAUUUCAUGGAGGAAACCUCAGCAUCCAGUAUCUGGCCACCAUAGAUAUUGUCAGAGGUUAUCUGCAAAAAUCUUUGACUGCCACAAUGGAGUUCAUUAUUGAAAGUGAAAAAGAUACUCUCCCAGAGAAACCUAUUUCUCCUGAAAUGGUCUUCUUUUAUAUAACUCAGGACACUCAACGACAUCUAUUAGUUUCUCAUCUGAAAUUAGGUGAGUUCAAGAUAAUUGGUAAAGUAUGUUCCCAGUGUUCGUUAGCCGAUCCUAUUGUUGGUGAGCUGACAGUUGAUGCAUCUGCGGUCCCCAUUCAGUCCAUUGACAUUCACUUGCUUAGGGUAGAGUCAAUUCUGAUUGGGGAAAAGAUAGCGACUGAAACCUCUCUGAUUCAGACAAUACAGAUAGCAGAUGGAGAUGUGUGCAAACAGUUGACUCUACCCAUUUACAUAAUUCUUCCACGUCUUUUGACGUGCCCCACCACUUUUGCAGGACCAUUCUCAAUAGAGUUCAAAAUGACUAUAGUCAUUACUUUUCAGUCGGAGCUAUCCAAGUUGAAUCACAAGUCUGAUUUCCAAACCCCAACAGCAUGGACGGCAAUGGAAAGUAUACCUUUGGAAUUGGUACGGACAAAGUGAGACAACAAAAGGAGGUAGUUGCUCAACUCUUUGCCAAUAAGGAAUUCAGGCAAGAAGUUGAUUAAUAAAGUCUUGCCUUAAGCUUUACAUGUUUGUGUGCAUGUUUGUGCAGAACUGAGUAUUUCUCGUGCAAACGAAGUUUUCUUAACAGCAAUGACUGCUAUUUCAGUUUUGGCACGUCAACUGAAUCCAACAGAAUAUGCUGUGCCGAUUGUGGGACGCAUUUAUCUUGUUGGAAAUACAAUUUGUUAAUCUCUCUCAACCCAAUUUGUACAGAUCAAUAAUAAUCAAGCUUUUAAUACAAAAAGGUCAUUGGAGGGAGAUGUUUUUUGAUUAUUUGCUUGAACUUUUCAGCGCAUCUGAUAAUAGAAGACAAAUAGAAGGCCAUAGGAAGUUUGGCUAUUAAUCAAAAUCAUAUGGGCACCAGAACACAAUGUAAUUUUGCAAUGCACCAUUAUUACUAAUCUUGUUUGUCUGUCA